UAGACCGUCCACAUCAUGGCCAUGCUAGGAUUUAGCACCCAGUGUAAAGUACGGCAGUGUUUUCAAUGUCAGGGGGACACAGAAUUCUUCUGUAACAUAUGUAAACAUGACCUGUGUCUACAGUGUAAAGAGAGACAUGUUAUUAAUUUAAAUACCAUAUACCAUGACGUUGUAAUUUACCGUGAGAAGUAUGAAUACAUCCCAAAACAAGAGACCUGUGUGAGACAUCCAGAUAAAAUGUAUGAAAUGUACUGUCAAUCUUGUGAACUUCCUGUCUGUUUCCAAUGUAAAGAACAUAGAAAGCACAGAAUAGCGGACAUCAAAUUCAGGACAUCGUAUAAAACAAACCGUCAACAGCACAGAGAAAUCAUUCAUAACAUUAGAAGUGAUAUUCUCUAUAAGAGUUGUUUUCUUCUGGCAGGAAUCAAAACUGAUAUAAAAACUUGUCCAGUGGAAAUCUCUGACAGUCACUCAGAGAUUUCAGCGAAAGCCCAGAGACUAAAGAACCUCAUUGACACUGUGAUAUGUGAUGUUAAACUCAAACAGAAAUCAUUCAUGAUGCAUAGGUUACAACAACAGAUGAGGAAAAUGAACAGAGAACUUGCCUGCAUAGAGAAUUAUGAACACAGAUCUGAACAAUUAGCAAACAAACCAGUAAAGUCCCUCUUAUUCAUGAAGAAAAUUCAUGUCCCCAAGGGCACUCCAAAUUUUACACAGCACACCCUGAUCUCUCUCACUGAAGAAAUAAAAAUGGAGGAUAUGAUUAAGUUGCUGAGUGAAGUUCAGAUCAUAGAAACUGCAAGAAAAAGACAAGUAAAACGUGAAGAUCUGCUGUACCUAUUGUCUAGACCAAUAUUAAACAGAUCUGUCACAGUGACAGGUAUUAGACAUAUAACACACAUUUCCUGUGUGACAUCAGACCUUGUCUGGGUCAGUGACGUAAAUACAUGUAAUAUCAUGUUGAUAAACACAGAGGGUGAUACACUACAUCAUCUGACAGAUAUACAUGCAUUAAAUUUAUGGGGUGUACAUACUGUGAACUUGACCUGUGAUCUUAUUUAUAUAGACUGGUAUGGUAACAUUAACAAAUUAUCUAAAGACAACACAACUAAGUGUACAUUGAUAAAGAAAACAGAAAUAUGGGAACCACGUUGUAUCUUCUGUUCUCCUUCCAAUGGAGAUUUACUAGUAGUGAUGUAUAGAGAUGAUCCUAUAGAAAUAGCCAAGGUAUCACGAUACAACGACACAGGACAACUCAUACAGACAGUACAAAACAAUAACACAAAGCAGAGACUGUAUCUAAGACCUAAGUGGGUCACAGAGAACCGCAAUGGAGAUGUUGUUGUGUCUGAUGAUGACCGUGUAGUGGUGACAGAAUGUGGAGGAAGACAUCGGUUCUCCUAUACAGGACCUCCAUCAGGAUCAGGACUGGCACCACUAGGAAUCUGUACAGACGUGAUGUCACACAUCCUGGUGUGUGAUGAUAACACCAAUGCAGUACAAUUGAUUGACAAAGAUGGCCACUUUCUUUCACUGAUACUGACACAACAAGAAAUAGACAGACCAGUGAGCCUGAGUUAUGAUGAUAAAACUCACCUACUCUGGGUAGGAUCAUGGUUGAACAACCAAGUAUGUGUAUACAGAUACAUAGAGAGAGAGAAGAUUUAAUAUAACAGGUAACUGUUAUUGGUUAAUUAGAUACCUGUACACAACUA